AGCAAGGUGAUUCUCAAUAUUACAUCUACAACUCAUUUUCUUCUUUUCAUUUCUAGCUCCAUCUUCUCUAUUUGAGUGUUCCAUCCAUAGUGUAGAUAUGGUUUUACUACCUGGAACUCAGAAACCACAUGCUCUUCUGAUCCCAUUUCCAAUACAAGGUCAUGUCAACCCGUUUCUCAAACUAGCAAAGCUUCUCCACAGCAAAGGCUUCCACAUAACCUUUGUGAACUCUGAGUUCAACCACAAACGCUUGCUCAAAUCCAGAGGCCCUCAUGCUCUGAAUGGUUUGCCAGAUUUUCAAUUUGAGUCCAUCCCAGAUGGCCUCCCUCCCACUGACAACAAGGAUGCAACUCAAAGCAUCCCUGCUCUGUGUCAAUCUACCAGAAACCACUGUCUUGUCCCCUUCUGCAACCUCAUUACAAAACUCAAUGCUUCUUCUUCUGCUCCUCCAGUCUCUUGCAUAAUCUCAGAUGGUGUCAUGGCCUUCACCAUUAAAGCUUCUCAGCAAUUUGGGUUGCCCAACUUGCUCUUUUGGACUCACAGUGCUUGUGGUUUCAUGGGCUUCAAAGAAUUGAAGAAUCUCAUGGAGAGAGGCCUCACACCCCUUAAAGAUGCAAGCUAUUUGACAAAUGGGCAUUUGGACACCAAGAUAGACUGGAUCCCUGGCAUGAAGAACAUUACCCUGAGAGACCUUCCUGGCAUAUAUCGCACCACAGAUCCAAAUGAUGCACUUUUGGAGUUUGUGGUGGAACAAAUUGAAGCAGCUUCACAAGCUACUGCUGUUGUUCUUCCCACCUUUGAUGCCUUGGAGCCUGAUGUGCUGAAUGCACUCUUCACAAUGUUUCCUAAACUCUACACUAUAGGUCCACUUGAUUUGCUCCUUAAUCAAGUUACAGAGAACAGAAUUGAAUCUAUUAAAUGUAAUUUGUGGAAGGAAGAGCCUGAGUGUCUCAAGUGGCUGGAUUCACAGGAACCCAGUUCGGUUCUCUAUGUGAACUUUGGUAGUGUUAUAAACAUGACACCUCAACAACUUGUUGAAUUGGCUUGGGGGAUAGCAAAUAGCAAGAAAAAGUUCAUGUGGGUGAUUAGGCCUGAUCUAGUUGAAGGUGAGGCUUCGAUCGUGCCGCCAGAAAUUGUAGCAGAAACCAAAGAUAGAGGUAUUAUGUUGAGUUGGUGUCCUCAAGAGCAAGUACUGAAGCACUCAGCAUUGGGAGGGUUUUUGACUCACUGUGGUUGGAACUCAACAAUUGAGAGCAUAAGCAGUGGGGUGCCUCUGAUCUGUAGUCCAUUUUUCAAUGACCAAUUUGUCAAUUCCAGGUAUAUUUGUAGUGAGUGGGACUUUGGCAUGGAGAUGAAUAGUGAUGAUGUGAAAAGAGAUGAAGUGGAGAAGCUUGUGAGGGAGUUAAUACAGGGUGAAAAGGGUAAGGAGAUGAAGAGAAAAGCAAUUGAGUGGAAGGAAAUGGCUGAGGAAGCUACCAAAGCUAAUGGUUCAUCCUUUUUGAAUUUGGAACAAAUGGUAAAUGAAGUCCUGCUUUUCAAGAGUUAAGGCUUCAAGAUAAAGCUAUGAAUGAAUGCAAUCUUAUAAGGAUGAUUGUAAUGUAUGGUAAAUGUUGAGUGCCUGCCAGAAACUACUUUAAAUGAAUUAUUGUAAGUGAUAUGUGCAAUAUGUAAGUUAAUAAUAUAUAAAUGUUAUUUUUGGAGAAAAAAUAGGAAAAAAUAUGCUUUAGUGCUUUAGUAUAUUUUUUCUUCAAUAACACUUUAGCAUGAAUCCAAAUUGUGCUGACUUGGAUUCAAUGUUGUUUCUC